CCCGUAGAUAAACGUAGUCACGCGCUACACACAGUCAGCUGACCAAAUAAGAGUCAAACGAACAAGAAAAAAGGAACUGAAUACAUUUUCAUACUUAAAUCUUUACUACAUAACUUUAUAGGAAUGGAAUCCACGUUAGAGCAACAUCUUGACGACACAAUGAAAAAUCAUGCUAUAGUCGGUGUCCUGUGCACGGAUCAGCAAGGUCACAACUUAGGCUGCCGUGGGUCUAUGUCGGAUGAGCAUGGAGGUGUGGUAUCAGUACUGGCGAGGCAAGCAGCAUCUCUGACAAGAGACCCCACCGACACCCCCAUUGUUUGCUUGGAGUCGGAGUCUGGUAAUGUGUUGAUUAAAAGUCAUGGAACGAUCACAGUCGCCGUGCACAAGAUGACUGUCUGAAGUCCUCCUAAGAGUUUAUGAAAAUAAUUGUGUGUUUUAGUAAGUAGUAUGUGCAAGUUUACACUGCUGUAGAUGGUGUUGUGUUUGCUAACGAAUAGGGAUGUCAAUGUUUUCUACUGACUUUAAAUUUCAUAUGUUUGAGAAAUUUAGGUCCUCAAAUUAUUUUUUAUUUAUGGUCACAUUUUUUACCUGGUAGAUGCGUUUCUCACAUGUAAUAAUGGGGGAAGUGAGCCUAUGUUGGGUGCAGUUAUUGUGUUCUGUCCCUCACUCAGUAUUUAAAAAUUGACUGUUUAUUCUAUAAUUUUUAAAGGUUUCAUGAUAUUUUUCUUUUGAUUGUAAUUAUAUGUUAUAAAUCAUUAAAAGAAAAAAGUGAACUUA